AAAAAAAAAAAAGAAACGAAUCUAUGAUAAUAGAAGUCAGAAGCAUGCUUACAUUUAGCAGGGAGGGUAAUGAGCACACAAAAACAGAAGGGGGCUUCAAGGGUUUUGGUUACAGUUUUAAUUUAGGUUCUACUUUUACAAGUGUGCUCACUUCAUGAAAAUGUAUUGAGUUGUACACUUAGAAUGUGUACCCUUUUCUGAUAUAUAUUUCAAAAUAGUGACUUUUUAAAAAUUGUAAACUUUUGUAAACAUCAGUUAUCACUUCUUUCUUAAAUAUAAUCAAACCCACAAGAGAAAGUUUCUUCUCAAAAUGUAUUUUAUGAGGAACACUAAUAUAUCAUUUCAGUUUGUUCUGGAAAAUGUUCUUUUACUGAAAGCUAACCCAACAGAUAUUUCUUUCGAACUUCCACUACUUAAGAACUGGAGAAACGAUCGGGCGCACUUCUGUGACUUAAAAGGACAUUGGUAUGACAGCAGUUAUAAUUGGGAAUGAAAUGGCAAAUACUAUAUGCAAUAGUAAAUAAGGACGCCUGGUGGCGCUGCAGGCUAGGAGUAUGAAUGAAAAGCUCUGUGACUAUGCCGGACGCCAUUAAGCUGGGACUCAGAAUAAUGAAUGCUUCCUGAAAGACGGAAGUAUUUUAGGUAAGAUCUAGGGGCAGAUGUCUUCAGAGAGGACAUCAUUCUAGGGCGAGUCAGUCAGAAAGAUCUAAUUCAAGGUUAUUUAACCAAAUCAUCUGGGUCGACCGUAUACAGAGGUGAAGAAACUGCACCACAUGAAUUUGGUCUGAACAAUGGAGACAGCGCUAGCAAAAACGUCACAGAAAAGGCAAGUUCUCUUUCUUGCUAUAUUGAUGCUUUUGUGGGAGGCUGGCUCUGACUCAAUUAGGUAUUCCAUUCCAGAAGAAACAGAAAGUGGCUCCUUUGUGGCCAACCUGGCAAAGGACCUGGGGCUCAGGGUGGGGGAACUAGCUACUCGAGGCGCGCGAAUCCAUUACAAAGGAAACAAACAGCUCUUGGAACUGGAUGUAGAAACCGGGAAUUUGCUGCUAUAUGAAAAACUAGACCGGGAGGUGCUGUGCGGAGUGACAGAUCCCUGUAUACUGUACUUCCAGUUAUUACUGGAAAACCCGGUGCAGUUUUUUCAGGCUGAUCUGCAGCUCACAGAUAUAAAUGACCAUUCCCCAGAGUUCCUAGACAAGGAAAUGCUCCUCAAAAUCCCAGAGAGCGUUCAGCCUGGGACUGUAUUUCCUUUGAAAAUAGCUCAGGACUUUGACAUAGGUAGCAACACUGUUCAGAACUACACAAUCAGCCCCAACUCCCAUUUUCAUGUUGUCACUCAUAAUCGCGGAGAUGGCAGAAAAUACCCAGAGCUCAUGCUGGACAAAUCGCUGGACCGGGAGGAGCAGUCUGAACUCAGUUUAACCCUUACGGCGCUGGAUGGUGGGGAUCCACCUAGGUCCGGGACCACUGCAGUCCGUAUUGAAGUCGUGGACAUCAAUGAUAAUGCCCCUGCGUUUUUACAGUCGCUCUAUGAGGUACAGGUCCCGGAGAACAGCCCGCCAAACUCCUUAGUUGUCGUUGUCUCUGCCCAAGAUUUAGAUGCAGGAACAUAUGGGAAUGUACGCUACACUCUAUUCCAAGGCAAUCAAGUUAUUCAACCAUUUGUAGUAGACGAAGUAACAGGAGAAAUUCAUCUGAAAAAGGCACUGGAUUUCGAGGCAACUCGAUACUAUAACGUGGAAAUUGCAGGCACAGACGGUGGGGGCCUUUCAGGAAAAUGCACUGUAGCUAUAGAAGUUGUGGAUGUGAAUGACAACGCCCCCGAACUGACCAUGUCAACGUUCACAAGCACAACCCCAGAAAACUCCCCAGAGACUGUAGUUGCUGUUUUCAGUGUUUCUGAUCCAGACUCCGGGGACAACGGUAGGAUGGUUUGCUCCAUCCAGAACGAUCUUCCCUUUCUCUUGAAACCCACAUUCAAGAACUUUUACACCCUAGUUACAGAAAAGCCACUGGACAGAGAAAGCCAAGCUGAGUACAACAUCACCAUCACCGUCACCGACUUGGGGACCCCCAGGCUGAAAACGCAGCACAACAUCACCGUGACGGUCUCCGACGUCAACGACAACGCCCCCGCCUUCAGCCAAACCACCUACACCCUGCGCGUCCGCGAGAACAACAGCCCCGCCCUGCACAUCGGCAGCGUGAGCGCCACGGACAGGGACUCGGGCGCCAACGCGCAGGUCACCUACUCGCUGCUGCCGCCCGCGGACCCGCAGCUGCCCCUGGCCUCCCUGGUGUCCAUCAACGCGGACAACGGGCAGCUGUUCGCGCUCAGGUCCCUGGAUUACGAGGCGCUGCGGGCGUUCGAGUUCGGCGUGCGCGCGGCCGACCGCGGCUCGCCCGCGCUCAGCAGCCAGGCGCGGGUGCGCGUGCUGGUGCUGGACGACAACGACAACGCGCCCUUCGUGCUGUACCCGCCGCAGAACGGCUCUGCGCCCUGCACCGAGCUGGUGCCCAGGGCGGCCGAGGCGGGCUACCUGGUGACCAAGGUGGUGGCGGUGGACGGCGACUCGGGCCAGAACGCCUGGCUGUCGUACCAGCUGCUCAAGGCCACGGAGCCCGGGCUGUUCGGCGUGUGGGCGCACAACGGCGAGGUGCGCACGGCCCGGCUGCUGAGCGAGCGCGACGCCGUCAAGCACAGGCUGGUGGUGCUGGUCAGGGACAAUGGCGAGCCGCCGCGCUCGGCCAGCGUCACGCUGCACGUGCUGCUGGUGGACGGCUUCUCGCAGCCUUACCUGCCGCUCCCGGAGGUGGCGGCGGCCGAGGCGCGGGCCGACCCGCUCACCGUCUACUUGGUCGUCGCCUUGGCGUCCGUGUCGUCGCUCUUCCUGUUCUCGGUGCUGGUGUUCGUGGCGGUGCGGCUGUGCAGGCGGAGCCGGGCGGCGUCUGCGGGUCGCUGCUCGGGGCCCGAGGGCCACUUUCCGGGCCACCUGGUGGACGUCAGCGGCGCGGGGACGCUGUCCCAGAGCUACCAGUACGAGGGCAUUGGAAAGGAAAUGGAGGAAAACGCCACCUUCCGGAAUAGCUUUGGAUUCAAUUAGGGAUCUGAUCACAAUGCCGUGAGUUUUGUCAUUUAUCUCUAAUUUCCCCAAAUACCGAGUUUGAGAGCGUCAUGGAGAAAAAUCCCACCUUCAGGUAUGAUUUCCCUGAAUUUAUCCUUUUCAACUUUAUCUUGCCCAAUUUUGGGAAAACUGAAUUCUCUGUCACUGCAUCUAUGUAUACACAGUGCCAUCCCAAACCUAUGCAUGCUAUUGACUUUCCUAAAAUGUUUGCUUUUGAUGGUAUUUGUCAGGAUAAGCUGUCUUAAUGAAAUCAAAUACUGUUUUUCUCUGUAUUCUGUCCAUUCUGUUUCAUCACACUGUUUUUGAUGCUAAAUAGCAAAAAUAAAAAGGUUUUACAUAAUUUUAUUUUGUUUUCAAAGGAAUACAUGCAAAUGAUAAUGAAUGUACUAUGUGAGAAAACUUGACAAAAAGCAACAACAAUGUUCUAACUACUCUUCUUUCCUAGCUUUCAUCCAUACUGGCAAACAUUUUUUAAACAAUUUUUAUUGAAUUAUGCAUACAGAAAAGGCAACGAAUCAUAAUUUCAAUGUGUUUUCAGAAAGUUAACAUACUUGGUACCAGCAUCUUGGUGGUUAGUAAUGAAACGUUGCUAACAUUUCAGGUGCCACACAGAUUACCCCUUAAAGUCACUACCAGCCCAAGUAUAACAAUAUCCUGACUCCAAUACUAUGAUUUACUUUUGCCUGUUUUGAAUUUAUAUAAUUGGAAUAGUAGAGUAUGAACUGCUUUGUGUCUGGCUGAUUUCAGUCAACAUUAUGUUUAUGAUAUUUGUCCAUGACAAUGCUUUUAAUUUUAGUUUUUCAUUCUCAUUGCUGUAUAGUAUUCCACUGUAUGAAUAUUUUACAAUUUAUGACCCAUCCCACUAUAGACGGAUAUUUGGGUUGGUGCACAGUUUGCCUGUUUGAAUAGUACUACUUUGAACAUUCUCAUACACGUCCUUUGGCAAACAUGUAUAUGCAUUUCUGUUGGUAUAUACCUAGGGGUGAAAUUGCUGCUCAUUUAGUAAGUACAUGUUCCCUUUUUGUAGAUUCUUCCAAAUAGUUUCCAAAGUGGUUGUACCAGUUUACACUGCUCUCAGUACUGUCUGGAUGUACCAGUUCCUCCAUAUUUUUGCCAACACUUUCAUUUUAUCCCAUUGGAAAGUACCUUUAAACCUUUUAUCUGUAGUCCUUUUUAUAUUCUUUUUUUAUUACUAAAGAGUAUGUUUGUAACCUUUUCAUAAAGUCUAAACAAUUUCCUUAAUUUCCUGCUACUGUUGUCUAGUACCUAGCACACUUAAAACUUCUCUCAUUCAUCCUUUACAUAGAGCUCUGUCACUAUUUUCCAGUACUUCCCUGAACAAGCUGAAACCCUCCAUUUAUUGUUCAUAACAACAGUUCCUUUCAUUUACUUGUCUGACAGAAAAAAAAUACAAUUCUUACUUUUUUCUCUUACUUCUUUCUCCCUUACACUUUACAACCUCUGUCAAAUUAACUUACACUUUUAUAUAGUCCAGAUUGAUGACAUUUUUACUCUAUAACCAUAGCUAAGAAUAGAAUUCCCCCUUUGUCUAUAUAUCUGUUGUAGAAUCUGAAAUCACUAUUAAAAAUUCACUUUUAAUGACCAUUAUAUUAUGAAUGCCCUGUAACCAAAGAUCACAAGGACACACUGGAUCAGAACAAAGCUGAGUUUAUUGACUUGUUGUAACAAGGGAGACUGCACAUUCUGGGAAAGCUUUGGUCACCUUAGUAAUAGCUCCUUAAAAAAGUAUAAGGCUUGUGUUUGGUAGUUUUGCAUAGGGCUCAAGGAAGUAGCCCUGGACUGGAAGCUUCCAGUGAAUGGGAGUAAUUCUAUUAUAGGGUAUCUUAUUGAAUUUUAUUCAGGAAAUGAGAAGAACAAAGGGAGAUUAAAAUGUAAUUGUUUUUUUAAAAACCAGCAUUCAAUCAUAAUCAGCCAGGACAGAGUACUCUGGGCAUUGUUUUGGUUUAUACAAUGUUCUUGUUUUUGACUGUGCUCAAGCAUGAUCAUGAUGUCAUCUUAUUGCAAUUUUGUUCCAUCUGAUCACAAUCCCUCUUUAAUGAUGUUGUUCUGUGAAGUUGUUUAUAUUCAACAGGAGAUCAUGGCCUAUUUGUGAGUGCCACGCCAAUUCCUAUGUAUAAGAGACUGAUUUUCUCAAAGAAUUCAUUGCACUAUAAAAUUCCUAGAAGAAAGCAUAGGAGAAAAGCUUCAUGACAUUGAAUUUGGUGGUGAUUUCUUGGCUUUCACAACAAAACACAUGGAACAAAGCGAAAAUAGACCAAUGAGACUACAUCAAACUUAAAAAAUUUUGUGCACCAAAGAACACCAUCAACAGUGAAAAGGCAACCUAUGGAAUGGGAGAAAAUAUUUGCAAAUACUAUAUCUGAUAUGGGGUUAAUGUCCAUAAUAUUUAAGAACUCCUACAACCCAACAAUAACAAAAAAAAUCAAAUAACCUGAUUAAAAAAUGAGCAAAGGACUUAGAUAUUUCUCCAGAGAUGAUAUGCAGAUGACCAACAAACAUAUGAAAAAAUCUUCAACAUCACUAAUCAUCAGAGAAAUGGAAAUCCAAACCACAAUGUAGUGUCACCCUACACACAUUAGGAUGACUGCUAUCAAAAAAAAAAAAACACACAGAAAAUAACAAGUGUUCAAAAGGAUGUGGAGAAACUAUCCCCUCCGUGCACUGUUGGUGAGAUUGUAGAAUGGUGCAACUGCUAUAAAAACAGUAUGAAGUCUUCUCAAAAAAGUGUAAAAGAGAACUUCUAUAUGAUCUGGCAAUCCCAUAUCUGGGUAUAUACCUAAAGGAAUUGAAAGCAGGGUCUCAAAGAUACUUGUGCACCCAUGUUCAUAGCAGCAGUAUUCACAACUGGCCAGAGGUGGAACCAACCCAAAUACCCAUGUAUGGAAUCUUAAAAAAGGAAGGGAAACCUAUCACGUGCUACAACAUGGAUGAACUUUGAGGCCAUUAUUCUAAGUGAAAGAAGAUAGUCACAAAAAGGCAAAUACAGUAUGAUUCCACUUAUAUGAUGUAUCCAAGUUUGUUAAAUUCAUACAAACAGAAAGUAGAAUGGUGCCUACCAGGGACUGGGCAAGGAGGAAAAGGAGAGUUUUUGUUUGAUGGGUAUAGAGUUUCAGAUUUGCAAAAUGGAAACGUUCUGGAGAUCUGCUUCUCAACAAUGUGAAUGUACUUAACACUAUGGAACUGUAUACCUAAAAAUGGUUAUGAUGGUAAAUUUUGUGUUACAUUUUUUAACCGCAGUAAAAUACAUUGCUCAUUGCAGAGCCAUAUUACUUAAGGACUGUAUUUUCUGCUCCUUUGAUAUACUGUUGUGUUUCCUGUGCCAUUGAAAAUACAGUGUUCCUAGAAUCAAGAUAAAAUAAAUUCACCAUUUUAUUUUA